AACGAAGCACCAGGGAAUCUCGAUGCAGAUAAACCUGUUCCUCAUUGAGAUGUCGGCGGAUACCGGACGUCUCCUCGAAGUAGGAACGCCGGUAGGACCAGGGACCAAUGACGAACGAAGAGUAUGGAUUGCCUCCACCAAAAAAAAAAAAAAAAAAUGGGGAGAAGAGGAGAGGAGCUCCUAUGUAGAAGGGAAUCUUGCCCGGGUGUGCCAGAUCUUCUCCAACCGCCGAAGACGAACGCCUCUCGGUGUAGAGGUUAGUAGAGACGCGGAGGGGGCUAGACGAACCAAGGGAGCCUGCCAAGAUAAACCUGUUUAUCCCACAAACGACCAUGGAUCGAUGGACGUGGGGUAACAAAGUCGGGGACCCGUGAGGGUAGACCUGUUCGUCCCUGCGAGUCCUUGGGUACCGAACGUCCUCUUCGAAGCAAGAGGCGUCGGUAAGGCUAAAAGGACCACGGACGAACGAAAAAAGGGG